AUGGCCAACGGACCUUGCCAGACACUCAACCGAGAACAUCAAUUUUCUGCAGCAUUUCCACAUGAGAAUGACUGCUCAGCCGAGGACGAGAAAGACCCGCACGACCUGGGAAUCGGUCCGUCAAGCAAGCCUAUCGAGAAUGAUCGAAAGCCAUUCAGCCUUCCCGACGAACUUGUCCAAUACAUCCUCCUUGCAAUGACUAGCUCGUUCCCAGUCCGACUGGCGACGAUCACUCUAGCCAACUGUUCAUUAGUCUGUCGGCAGUGGUACCGUCUUGCGAAUCCGCUCAUGUACUCCAGUCCGAUGAUCAACAUGGGAUCGAGGUUACGCGCGCUGAGCUUUCUGGACCGACUGGUAGACGAACUGCUUGAAUAUGAGCUGGAGCUCAUGGACUCUGUCAAACGAGAGCCCCGACCGGGCUCACUGAUCGACCAGAUGAGACGGCUCAUGUUUUUUGGAGAGGGACGAUGGCGGCACCGGGCCUCGUUUGACAGCCGGCCAGAUGUCGUCGACCGCUCCACCCUACACGAAAUCCUCAACAGACUCUGGUGCUGCACUCACCUCGAAGCCCUCGUCUUUGUCGAGCUGCCGUUCACCAAUCCGCUCCAUCGUCCGCUAGUCAACCGCUACCCGGCCAGCCUCUCUACGCUCAUCCUGCUCACCCCGCUCUCACACUUUGAACUGCUCUUCGUCCUAAGAGAUCUGCCCAGCCUGCGCCAUCUCUGCAUCGGAUCGCACGACGAUACAUCCACUGUCCCCGCCGAACACCACACACUCUUCAGUCGGGACCAGCUACCCUCCUCCAACCUGCGCUCCUUUGGCAUCUCCGCCCGCACACUCGAAGCCUGGCUGAGGACGGGCAUGCCCUGGUACCAGAGCAUCCUCAACCUACUCGUCGUCCCCUCCGUCCGCUCGAUCACCACCUUACAUCUCGAGCUAGCGGAUGAAGAUGACGAGCGCCACCUGCUUGCGAUCCUCGGCCGGCCGCCGGCUUCCAACCCCGACCGUACCUUGGACGCCCUCUCGUCGAGCCCGUCUGUGGGAGACACACCAGGACCGGAGCGGCUCUUUAAACUCGAGACUGUCUUCCUCCGGGGGUUAUCCUCAGUCCUGAUGGCCGAGAGCCUCUCACGUCUGCAAGGGAUCCGCAAACUGUGUCUGAGUUCGAUCUACGGCACCGCCCUACGCUGUCCCAGCCCUGCGGCCCCGGAACAACACCCCGAGGAACCCUCGCUCCCACUGGAUCCCGAAUCGCUCGGCGGACUCGAGAGCCAACUGGCGAGGAUCACCGUCGGUCCAACGGCUCGACGGACCCUCUCAUCCAGGAAUUUUGUCUGGCAAUCGAUCCCGAGUAGUCUCGAGGAGCUCUCCAUCGAUAUCACGCGUCUAUCUGACCAUGGCCCAUGGAACCGGAGGUCGGCUGACCAGCUCACUCGCACCCUCACCGCCCUCAUCACCUCUCAACAAUGUCCGAAUCUCAGAUCACUCGGCUCUAUCCUCGCUGAUCCCGCCUUCGAGUUCGGUAUCUUCGGCCCCAAUCGGCUCUCCCCUCCCCUCUCUGACUUCGUACAUGCCGCUCAGAGUCAUCACGUCCGGCUCGUUCAAUCUUUCUGGUGUGAUUCAUUUGUUGUUAAUCCUUCGGGUACAGACUGGUACCAAUAA